GCGCAAAAUUCUUUAAAAAUAAAUUUUCAGUGUGUCCAAAAAAAAUGCAGUUUAUUUUUGGCAUUUUACCUAUCUUAUUCGUGAAAUUCCUUUAUUUAUCGUGUGGACGAGGUUUUGUUCCAGUUGCUGUUCCGCGUGUUCUUAAAGUAGUAAUGUCGGACAACUCUACUUACCGAGCAACUCUAGCUGAGUACGGCCAUGCCAACUUUCCCACCUGGAUAAAACCGAUACUUCGGAUACUACCUAGGCGUGUGGAAACAAUUACGGAUUAUCAUGCUUUUAUACGACUGGACGUUAACUAUCAUUUGAACACAAAACUCACUUUAUAUCAUGAGACUCCCGGUCAUAAUCCUAAUCAGGAUCGUCCAACGUACGCUGAAUUCCGAUUACAAUUUUUUGAAUAUUAUAAGACAGUUGAAGAUUUCCGUCCUUACAAUCUUCAUAGUCGACGACUUCCACGCAUCAACCACAUUUAUGUUAUAAUACCAGGAGGCUCUGUCUAUGGUUCACGGUUACACACCCCUUAUUAUGUUCAUGGUAUGAAUUUUCCUCCGAAUAGCUGAGAAUGCACUAAUUGGAGCUAUGGGAAAAAUCUUCUAGCAUUUUAAUGUCGGAUCUGGCCCAAGUCUGGUCUCAGCUAGCCUAAAAUUUACGAAAAUACAUAAUUAACACUAUAGAAAUAAUUUCCUUUUUCUUAUCAUCUUUACACUCAAGUCUGAUCCAGAUCUAGCGCUGGCCAAUCUUCAAGGAUAUAAAAAUUUUUAAGCAUCAAUCAUUAAGGUUCUCUUAGUGCAUGUCUGAAUAAUAAUCCACAGGAUGUUUAAAAUUAUAAACAAGUUUAUGAUCACC